AUGUGGAAAGAUUCUGCAAAUUGCAGCAUUCUGAAUUUCUCUAGAAACUAUGUUAAUUUAUUGGUUGAAGACGAAUCGAAGGGCGGUUGGCGUCUUACGUGCUACUAUGGUUAUCCGGAGAGAACUUGUAGAAGAGAGGCUUGGGAUAUGUUGCGUGAUCUUCGUAACAUGUCUGAUGUGCCUUGGUGCGUUAUCGAGGACUUUAACGACUUACUCUCGCAACAUGAUAAAGUUGGCAUCCAUCAACACCCCAAUUGGCUGUGUACCGGUUUCCGUGAAGCUGUAUCAGACUGUAACUUACUAGAUGUGCCGCUGGAAGGACACCCCUUCACAUGGAUCAAAAGUAGGGGCACCGAACACGUUAUCGAAGAAAGACUAGAUCGAGCUCUCGUCUCGCAAGAUUGGUGGGACAAUUUCCCGGAUGUUAAAUUACUUAAUCUACUAGCCUCCCAUUCUGACCACCGUCCCAUUUUGUUGCAAUGUGAUCCGAUCCAUCGUAAUAGCGCCAAGAAGUACUGUUUCCGGUUCGAAAAUGUUUGGUUAAAAGAUGAUGAGUUGAUUGAUGUAGUUAACAGAGGCUGGAAUGCUGGUACUAAUAAUGAAGUGUUGCAUCGUAUCAGUAACUGUGCGGCGGAGUUGUCAAGCUAG